GACAAUAGGGUACUGGUGCUCGACGAGGCCACAGCCAAUGUCGAUCACCGCACGGAUGCGCUCAUACAGCGAACUAUUAGGGAUAAGUUCGCCAAUUGUACGGUCAUUACGAUCGCCCAUAGGAUCAAUACCAUCAUCGACUCCGAUGUUAUCAUGGUGUUAGAGGCCGGUGAGUUGGUUGAGUGGGGAAUGGCAUAUGAUUUGCUGCAACGGCCGGACAGUAGUUUCGCUAAACUGGUGGACAAUACGGGCAAACAAAUGGCCGCCCGAUUGCGGCGAAUGGCCCGUCAGUAUUACCAGCGGACCUGCGCUGGUGAUGGCGGACACGACUUGAUCAUCGGCAGUGAUGGUCCAGAAGUGGUGAAUGAAAGCACAGGUAGUGUGCAUUCGGAUGAGGAAACUUAA